AUGGACACGCAGACGAUGGGAGAAUGCUUGGUGUGCGGAACGGAAACGAAGAACCGGUGCUCAGCGUGCGCGAAGGCAGGAGUUGACCUCUUCUUCUGCUCGCCGGAACACCAGAAACUCGCCUGGCACAUGCACCGGAUGUUCUGCGGGCCUGGCAAGGCCAACCCGUUCCGCUGGCCUCCCCUUACGCCCAAAGAAGCUGAAGCAGCCACGCGGAUCUUGGACUUGCCUAUCAACACCGUCAUGCCCCACUCCGCGACGCUUUUUCAGGAGCUGCAGCGAGUCCUUCAAGAACUCUCUCAGCCUUCACACCUGCAGACGUACCCGCCAGCCCUACACGGAAACCUUCUUCGCAUUGUACGGGUGCACCUGUCCGCGCACAGCCAGCAGCCCGCUACGACGGAAGGCAUCGAGUUUCUUACGCUACUCGGCGAGGCAUCUCAUCUUAACGAGUUCGAGUCUGACCCACCGCCUUGGUUGACGGGCUACCUUCACCGGCUUAGCGUCUUUGUGGCUCUCAGCAAGCCGGCAAACGCAGUGCAUGCGAUGAAGUACCUCACCGGAGCAACCAACCGCCUCUUCUUCUACUUGGAAGACCCAGCCAAUGCGAAUCCUGAUGCAGCACGAAAGGUCGGCGAUGGUGUCGCGGCGUUCCUCGACUCCAUCGUGAAGUUGCCUCGCCUCGUCGUGGUGCGCUGA